AUGUGGCCAAAGUCUUAUCUUGAGGACAGCACUUCUGGCCGUCAGGCAGCUGCAGGUUUGGUGGCCAUGAGCGCUUAUCUGAAGCUGGAUCAUCUCAUGCCCAGAGACUCACUGGAGACAGAUCUCUUCUACCACCUCAUCGAGGUACUGUACUGCCUGCUUAUGUUCGGUCACCUGAAUGAAGUUACUGCUGCAGCCGUAGACCAAAUGACAAGUCUGAAUGUCGGAUCUGAAGCGUUGUUUUUCAACCACAUGGUGCAGCUGCUCAUGCAGAUGGCAGAAGCGAUACCAGAAAGUUAUAAUGCAAAUUCUAUAGACAUUAAUCAAGUUGCAAUGUCGUUCGAUAACAUCAUACGGUUAUUUGAGCUGUUGGUAACAAUUGACCCAACCAUAGACGCAUACGCUGCUCCUGGCCUGGCUCAGACCGCGGCAGCUUCUCUCUUUACUAUAACAUCUUCUUUAGCUGCAAUGAGCUCCACAUUUGCAGGCGAGGAUGCCAGCCUCCACUUAACGUCCAUUGGUGGCCUCCUCGUAAGACUCUUCCACAAUCUGGACGACCUUUACAAAGUAGUGUCAUCAUCGAUUGAUUCACGAACUGUCACUCGAGUUCUGCGCAUAAGAUACGCUCAGCUGCUCUCGUCUGUCAACGAGCAGUUGACCGAGUAUGAUUGUCAUUUUAAACACUUCCCAACACCGGAGGCGUCGACGGAAGAAUGCCCGGAGCAGUUCGUGGACAGCCUGACGCAGGAGGUGAUGGAGGCGCCAGUGUUGCUACAGUCGUCCAAGAUGGUGGUGGACGAGUCGACACUACUCCACCUGCUGCUGGAGUCCCCCUCAGACCCCUUCACUCGGGUACCUCUGCACCCCGGCUCCUUCAGUCGCCUGCCCGACCUCCAGGCUGACAUUGCUGCCUGGAGGAACACCUCCAGAGGUCACAAUGACGUUACCGACUUCAACAGUGACGUCAGUGUGAUCAGUGAGACCAUUGGUGAGAGUGUCAACAAUACCGGGAGUGACGUCGUCGGUGACAGUGAGAACGACGUCGGUGGAAACAGUGAAAACGACGUCGGUGGAAACAGUGAGAUCAACGACGGUGACAGUGAUAUCAACGACGGUGACACUGAUAUCAACGUCGGUGACAGUGAUAUCAACGUCGGUGACAGUGAUAUCAACGUCGGUGACAGUGAUAUCAACGUCGGUGACAGUGAUAUCAACGACGGUGGAAGCAGUGAUAUCAACGACGGUGACAGUGAGAUUAACGACGGUGACAGUGAUAUCAACGACGGUGACACUGAUAUCAACGUCGGUGACACUGAUAUCAACGUCGGUGACAGUGAUAUCAACGACGGUGACAGUGAUAUCAACGACGGUGACAGUGAUAUCAACGACGGUGGAAACAGUGAGAUCAACGACGGUGGAAACAGUGAGAUUAACGACGGUGAAGACAGUGAGAACGAUGACGGUGAAGACAGUGAGAACGAUGACGGUGAAGACAUUGAGAACGAUGACGGUGAAGACAUUGAGAACGAUGACGGUGAAAACAGUGAGAUUAACGACGGUGGAAACAGUGAGAUUAACGACGGUGGAAACAGUGAGAACGACGACGGUGGAAACAGUGAGAUUAACGACGGUGGAAACAGUGAGAUUAACGACGGUGGAAACAGUGAGAUUAACGACGGUGGAAACAGUGAGAUUAACGACGGUGGAAACAGUGAGAUUAACGACGGUGGAAACAGUGAGAUUAACGACGGUGGAAACAGUGAGAUUAACGACGGUGACCGUGAGGUUUACGACGGUGACAGUGAGAUUAACGACGGUGAAGACAGUGAGAUUAACGACGGUGAAGACAGUGAGAUUAACGACGGUGACAGUGAUAUUAACGACGGUGGAAACAGUGAGAUUAACGACGGUGAAGACCGUGAGGUUAACGACGGUGAAGACAGUGAGAUUAACGACGGUGAAGACAGUGAUAUCAACGACGGUGAAGACAGUGAUAUCAACGACGGUGAAGACAGUGAGAACGACGCCGGUGGAGACAGUGAGAACGACGCCGGUGGAGACAGUGAGAACGACGCCGGUGGAGACAGUGAGAACGACGCCGGUGGAGACAGUGAUAUCAACGACGGUGAAGACAGUGAGAACGACGCCGGUGGAGACAGUGAGAACGACGCCGGUGGAGACAGUGAGAACGACGCCGGUGGAGACAGUGAUAUCAACGACGGUGACAGUGAUAUCAACGACGGUGACGACAGUGCCAGUCACACAAACCAUACUACCAUCAGUGGUGUUAACAAGAACGAGUGCCAACUAGGCCAAUUGCUUCGUAACUUUUAUUGUGUUUAUAUGAAACUUAUGUAUUAA